AUGGCUCGCUUGCUGGGCACCCUGAGCAGCUCCCAGCCCGUGGCUCGCUUCCAACGCUCCUGCGGGCUCUUCCCCGCCGGCGAGGAGGGCGGAGGCAGCGGCGACCCCGCGGAGGGGCCCCGGGACCGCGGCGCCUGCAAUGGAGCGGGCGCACCGCGCUGCCCGGCCGGAGGGAGCGGCCCGCAGGGUGGCACACAGAAGUAUAUUGUGAAGAACUACUUCUACUACUACUUGUUCAAGUUUUCAGCUGCUUUGGGUGAAGAGAUUUUUUAUAUCACUUUCCUUCCAUUUACCUACUGGAAUAUAGACCACUCUGUGUCUAGAAGAAUGAUAAUUGUUUGGUCUAUAGUGAUGUACAUAGGCCAGGUCUCCAAGGACAUCCUGAAGUGGCCUCGGCCCCUGUCACCACCUGUCGUGAAGCUGGAGAUGAGGACGAAUGCAGAGUAUGGGAUGCCAUCCACCCACGCCAUGGCAGCUACAGCCAUCUCCUUCUCCUUUUUCAUUGCAACCAUGAACCAGUACAAGUAUCCAUUCGAGCUCGGCCUGGUAGCAGCGUUUGUGUUCUCGACGUUGGUGUGUCUGAGCAGGCUCUACACCGGCAUGCACACACUCCUGGAUGUGAUCGGAGGAGCACUGAUUUCAGCUGUGCUGCUCGUGCUCUUGUAUCCUGCGUGGGACACAAUAGAUCACUUGCUGUUAACCAGCCCCUUCUGCCCACUGUUUUCCAUAGCUGUGCCUCUUGUCUUAUGUUACAACUACCCCAAACUAGACUAUUACAGCCCGACCAGGGGAGACACCACUACGAUCUUAGGAGCAGCAGCCGGAGCAACUGUGGGAUUUUGGUUAAACAAUCAGUACGCUGCUUCAGCCUACACCAGUAAAAGUGUUCAGCCUGGAUUUCCUCUGAUCACCAGUACAAUGGUGUUUGUGCUAGCCAGGUUCUUCGUAGGGAUCUUGGUUGUCCUGCUGACACGCUGGCUCAUGAAGAGUGUGGUCCUUGGCAUGCUGGGCUAUCACUACAAGUUCCCCAUUCGCGACCUGGAAGCCCGGAGACGCCUGGAAGUCGAGGUGCCCUAUAAGUUUGUAACGUACUCCUCCGUCGGCUUCAUGGCCACCGUGAUUGUGCCGCUGCUGCACCAGCUGCUGGGCCUGAUGUGA